UCUGGUCGAGGUUUUUGUGAAAAAAUUCGUUGGGGUUACGGGUUCGGGUUGCUAUCCUAGUUUAAAAUUUAGAUAUGUCCUGAACAAAACAUCGCUCUUCGCAAUUGAACUUGGAGCUAAGGACCAUUUCGCUACACGUGUUCGCGAAAUGUCCAAAGAAGUCAAAAAUGGUAAAGCAAAACUUGUCCCUGGAGAUAUAAUUAGAAUGGGCGAUGGAAGGAAGCUUAGUGAAAAAUUUUACGAACAUGUGAACAUCGGGGCAUACUUGCAUAAUUACACGGGGAUUUGGACUCUGGGAUUGGACAUGUUGCCAACAACUGGGCAACGAAUUUUAAAUUUGUUUGUGUAUAAGGGUUGUGCUUGUGGAAUGGAGGCAUGGGUGGGUUUUAAAGAUAGCUUGGUACCUGCGUCUGCUGGGUGUUGGUGUGGGAUUUGGAUAUGUGGGAUGGGAUUUGGUCUGAUUAAGGGGAUUCGGGUGUAUUAA